CUCUGAGCCCUUAGCUGAAACAGACCCUUCCACCUUCUUUCCUUGGAGGGCAGCAGGCAUCCCAGGUUUCUGGGGACUUGGGCUGUCUUUGCUCCUCCCCUCUGGGGCAGAGACUGGGGGUGGAGGGCAGUGCGUUAGUGCAGUGUUGUCAUAGCUGAGCAAUUUCACUUUCCCUUUUCUCCUCUUUGGAGGCCCCUGAAGGAGUUCUCUCUGGGCUUCUCAGAGACUCAGAGGGGGUUUGGUCUACCCUGAGCCCAGUUCAGGGUCCCUUGGAGUCUGUGUAGGGGAUGGCAGGAGGCAACAAUGGACUCAGCAGCAGGACAACCCCAGAGGACCAGAAUGAAGAGGAGUCAGGUGACUAUCAGCUCAUGUUCAAGCACUUCAAAGAAAACAAGGUGGAGAUCGCAAGCGCCAUCACCAAGCCGUUUCCUUUCCUCAUGAGCCUUCGAGACCGAGACUUCAUCUCGGAGCAGGAGUUUCAGGAAUAUCAAGACAGAUGUAAGAACCUGGUUCCAGUGGAAAGAGUCGUGUACGACAUCCUCAGUGAUGUACAGAAGAAGUUUAGCUGGGAUCUUCUGAAAGUGAUAUUCAGCAAAACGCAUCUGAAGGCCUACCCCGACUUAAAGGAGACUCUAAAACACUUCUUCUUAAAUGUUUCUGACAGUCACAGGACUCAUCAGAGGAUGAAUGGAAGAGAUGUUGAAGAGAGGCCCAGACUGCCGUCAGUUGUUAGGGAAGCAUCCUGUAGUCCUGGAAAUUCCAGAACGAAUGAUAAGCAAGCAGAGGAGAUGCUUAGCCUCCCACAAUGCAAUGGAGGAGAGGGAAGUAGUUCUUGUGAACAAACGAGUGAUGGACAAGAGCCCCAGGAGGACCUACCCUCAUCCCUGAGACAAGAAGCAGGAGCACAGCAACCCACAAGUGAAAAGAAGUGUUCCUGUGUCAUAUGUUCCCCAACAUAUGUGCCAGAAGACCUGGAAGCAAGGAUGGGAAGCAGCCAAGGAGAAGUCGUGGGCACCAGGAGGAACAUUCCUGCAAGAGAACCCAAGAAGCAGAGAAGAAAAAAGAAAGGUCACAACUGGUCAAAACCAAAAUGGAGAAAGGCAAUGAGUGUACAGAGAAAACGUGGCAGAAGAGCUGUUGGCCAGGCAGCUUUCAAGAAAAAGAAAAUGACAAAGAGCCCAGGACUCUCUGCUAAGAUCAGGGGUCUACGAAGACGCAGAAAAGAAAAUGCCAAUUUUAGCGCCGAGUUGCUUCCCGUGACGUGUGGUAACUUGAAGGGAGUGUUACACAAGGAUAAAUUCAAACAAGGGACAUCUGUGAUGUCCAUACAGUGUCAGGAUGGAAACUGGUUCACACCCACGGAAUUUGAAAUAAUGGGAGGCCAUGGAAGGUCAAAGAACUGGAAACUGAGCCUGCGCUGCCAUAAUUGGCCCCUGAAAUUCCUGAUCCAGAGAAAUUUUCUACCCAAUCCUCCACGGAUAUAUCGUAAAAGAAAAAUGCAGAGAACACAGAACUCGCAUCAUUCCCCAGCUUACCCUAGUAAUCAGAACUCAGAUGAAUGUGAGGUGUGCCGGGUCGGAGGGACACUCUUCUGCUGUGAUACUUGUUCCAGAGCCUUCCAUGAAGAGUGUCAUAUCCCAACAGUGGAAGCUGAGAUAACACCAUGGAGUUGCAUCUUCUGUAGGAUGCAGUCCUUAGGAAGUCAACCGAGCCUUCCAGAAUCUGAGAUACUACAGAGGGAGAUGGUGCCCCAGGAGCAGUUGAAGUGUGAGUAUGUUCUCUUGAGAGUCUAUUGCUGUUCUGAGAGCUGCUUUUUUUCCAAGAUGCCAUAUUAUUAUUAUUUUAGAGAGAUGACUGUGGGUGUGCAAGAGCCUAUGUGGUUGGACAUAAUCAAGAAAAAGCUGAGUGACCAGGCUUACUGCCAAGUCGAAGACUUUGUGCAAGACAUGAGGCUCAUCUUCCGGAAUCACAGAAUCACGUUCAAGGACCCUAAGUUUGGCGAAAUGGGACUUAGUCUGGAGUCCAAGUUUGAGAAGAGUUUCAAGGAAGUGUUUGCUAUUCAGGAAACAAAUGAAAAGAGUUGACUGAAAUCAAAGACAUGGCUGGUGUCCUGGCACCGUCUGCACACCUGGCCAUGUCUGGCCCACCUGCAGCAGCUAUGAGUGUUCUUUACAGACUAUCAUUUCCAGAUGAAUACUCUUGGUCAUAUGGAAACUGGUGCAGCUGGGAGUUACACCUCCUGGCCUGGGGGUCCAUCCCCCUUUCUCCCCAUGAAAUUAAAAGUAUGGUGCAUUGCUGCUCUCUGCUCUUCAAGGGUCUAGGCUGGAGCCUGUCUCCAGCUGCCUUUGAUCCACCACCACUCCAACCCCCUCUCCCCACAUAUAUGUUGCUUUCCUUGUCUCCUACUCUCCUGAGAGCAAUCCACAAUAAACCAUAAGCUUCCAAGACUU